AUGCUCGAUCGCCUGAAUCUCGACCAAGUACAUGGGCUCCAUAAGACAAGGAGUGGCCGAGAGAUAGGUUGCGUGCACAACACGUUCAACAGCCUCGAUGAUCUGCCGCUCGAGCUCGUCUCUGAUGAUGCUGUCCCCGGACGUCAAUCACGGCUUAAAGCAAACGCUCCUCAUCUUCACUCCGACGAGCAUGCCCGCCUUCGAGGCUCUCUGAAAACCGGCCACGACAAAUUUCCUAAUUACGUCAAGAUACUCGACGGCUCCUCCCUUGCACUUGUUGACCAAAAUGUUUGGGCGAGUGUUGUUGGGCCUGAAGGACCAAAUCUUGGCGAGCUCCUUGUCCCAGCCGAACUCCUCCUCGUGCAGGAUUUUCGAGUGGGCCUCGGGUUGACCCACCCGUCAUCGAUGGCCUCGACAAGGCGGUUGCAUGUAUCGCGAGACUUGCUCACGACGGUAUGUUCAAAACACAGCAAACCGACUCGUAGAAGGUCACGAUGGGUGAGGUUGUUUUGA